ACCCCUCCUCAAGUUUGACCCACCAUGGCCGCCGUUGCUGGACCAGGACAGACGCCAGUCUUCGUUAUGAAUACUGCGCCAGAACGACAAUCUGGUCGCAAAGCCCAAAUUUCUAACAUAACUGCAGCAAAAACUGUCGCAGAUGUCAUUCGAACAUGCCUUGGCCCGAAAGCUAUGCUUAAGAUGAUUCUCGAUCCUAUGGGUGGUAUUUUGCUUACGAAUGACGGAAACGCAAUUUUACGAGAGAUAGAAGUGGCACAUCCCGCAGCGAAAAACAUGAUUGAACUAAGUCGGACGCAAGAUGAGGAAUGUGGAGAUGGGACGACGAGUGUCAUCAUUCUUGCCGGUGAAAUCCUUGCACAAUCCCUUCAACCGUUAGAGAGGAAUACGCAUCCAGUCGUCAUCAUCUCUGCGUUCAACAAAGCAUUACAAGAGGCGCUCGAGGUUAUCGAACGAAUAUCCAUCCCAAUCGACACAUCAAGCGAUGACGACAUGCUCGCUCUCAUAAAAACCUCCAUCGGCACUAAGUUCGUCGUACGGUGGUCGGAACAGAUGUGCAAGCUUGCCUUACAAGCUAUUCGCACUGUCACACAAAACGACACGGGAGUAACAUCUGUCGACAUUAAGCGUUAUGCACGUGUUGAGAAGGUACCUGGCGGCGAGAUCGAGCAAUCGUGUGUCCUCAGGGGAGUAAUGCUCAACAAGGACAUCACUCAUCCUAAAAUGCGACGUCGGAUUGAGAAGCCUCGAAUUAUUCUACUGGAUUGUCCACUUGAAUACAAGAAAGGCGAGAGUCAGACAAACAUCGAAAUAUCGAAGGAGGAAGACUGGAAUCGCGUGUUGGAGAUUGAAGGGGAACAAGUCAAGAUGAUCUGCGAAAAGCUCAUUGAGUUUAAGCCGGACCUCGUCUUUACUGAGAAAGGCAUCUCCGACCUUGCACAGCACUACCUGCUCAAAGCGAAUAUCACUGCAAUCCGAAGGGUUCGAAAAUCAGACAAUAACCGUAUUGCACGAGCUGUUGGCGCAACGAUCGUAAAUCGUGUCGAGGACCUGCGAGAAUCGGACGUUGGCACGAAAUGUGGGCUCUUCCAUAUCGAAAAGAUCGGCGAUGAAUAUUUCACAUUCCUCACCGAGUGCGAGUCACCCAAGGCAUGCACGAUAUUGCUUCGAGGGCCGUCGAAGGAUAUCUUGAACGAGAUUGAUCGUAACCUAGCAGAUGCAAUGGCUGUUGCUCGGAAUGCGAUUUUCAACCCGCGUCUUGCACCCGGCGGCGGUGCAACGGAGAUGGCGAUCAGUGUGGCUCUUCAAGCAAAGGCACGCAGCAUCGUCGGUGUCCAGGGACAGCCUUUCCGUGCUGUCGCAGAUGCGAUGGAAGUCAUCCCUCGUACACUGGUGCAGAAUGCCGGUGGCAAUGCGAUUAGGGUACUGACUGAGUUGAGAGCUAAGCACGUUGCUGGUGAACAUUCUUGGGGCAUCAACGGCGAUACGGGCAAGAUUGUUGACAUGAAGUCCUAUGGACUGUACGAGUCUGCUAGUGUGAAGGUACAAAUUCUCAAAACCGCUAUCGAGGCGGCUCGCAUGCUCUUGCGUGUUGACGAUGUUGUACAAGCCGUACGGAAGGAAAAAGGUCAACAGGAGCAGGGUCCGCCUCCAGAAGAGAUGGCGGAGUAGGGUUAGACCAUAGAAUGGGAUAGCAAAGAUAUGAGGUGGUGAUACGGGUGUGUGUCUUUAGAGAGCA